UUGUAGCGGGACUGCGGAGGGCAUUCUGACACUUUGGCGAACUGACUUAGUGUCACUGACAUCCCCAGUGACACCAAUACAGUGAUCAGUGCUAAUAAAAUGCACUGACACUAUACUAAUGAUGCUGGGCAGGAAGGGGUUAACAUCUGGGGUGAUCAAGGGGUUAACUGUGUGUUGUGUGUGUUUACAAUGGGGCUGUGUCUGUGCUUUGCACUGUAAGCACACUGCUUUGUAUGGCUCUGCUUUGAAGAGCCAUACAAAGCAGUGUGCUGGAGCUGACAGGGGAGAGAACUAUUGUUUACAUACGUGGCGCGCGCCCCCUACCCGGAAAUGCAAAAUC